AGUCGUUUGUUCUUCGGAGCUCCAUCAAGAACGGAGGAAAUGAUUCAAUUUCUGUCAGUUUUGUUGGCAUUGCUUAUGUUAAUAAAUCUUGGCACAACCGAUGAUAUUCUUUGUAGCGGUAAUGACUCCGGCCCAACGCUCUAUCCGAGUCCCGAACUUUGCGAUGGAUACUUCGUCUGUCAAGGCGGAUUAGCUUAUCCCUUUCGAUGUGCAUCCGGAUUGAUAUUUGACAUGCACAGCCUGCAGUGCAGUCCCCCAGAAGGAUCCCAAUGUUUACCGGAUGUUUUGAACCCGCCUACAACGGAAGCACCAACAACGUUGAGUACAACCACAAUUGCUACAAGUACGGAUCCUGUUCCCAGUACUGUAAUUCCGAAUGAUGGUUCAGUCAAAUGUGCCCCCUGGCACGUGGACUUUUUUCCUCAUCCGUCCGAUUGUACUCGAUAUAUAAAAUGCUUUUUAGGAAACCCAAUCGUCAUUCGGUGCCCGUUCAACUUUCGAUGGAACCCAACACUCCGUCUGUGUGACUUCCGGUCGAAUGUUAUGUGUGAUGAUUUGUGAAU